AUGUUUUUCAGCAACGGUUGGAAUGUUCAAUGGAUUUUUCGAUACGGUCAAACACAACUGUCGCACUAUCACUCCAAAGCACACGAGUGUAUGGCCGUCCUCUCGGGUGCUGCCAGAAUCAGAUUUGGCGUCGCCGAUACCUCCGAAGAUUUGAACGAGAAUACCUAUGGGUCUUCUUGGGAAAAUGGUGGGAUUGAAGUAGAAGGAGAAGCUGGCGACGUGUUCAUUAUCCCUGCCGGCGUGGCGCACAAAACAUACAACACUAGGCCCGAGGCUGAGUUCAAGCUAUUGACGCCGGGUACGGGACACGGGAUUGAGGCUAAGGAUCCAAAGAAGGCGUUGGCUGAUAUCAAGUUGUCCGGGUAUACCAUGAUGGGAGCUUACAGCGGUGGUGACUGGGAUUUUGUGAAAAGUGGAGGAGACUUUGAAAAGGUGUGGUCUGUUGCGAAACCGAGGUAUGAUCCUGUCUUUGGAGACUCAAAGCGAGGUCUCUGUAACACAUGGCGUGGAAGUGGAAAAUUACAGUCUGCUCUGUGA